UGCCUCCUCCACCACAGGAGAGCAGAUGCGUGCCCAGCCGGACUGAGGGUGCUGAACUCCAGCAGCCUUUAGGAAUGGCUGCAACCACCCAUACCUGGAAAUCACUCCCUGCCUGCCCCUGCGCUGCAGGUUGCACCCGGGAGGCACUCUGGUCAUCAGAGGAAUGAGCCGGGAGAGAGCAGCUCUCCAGCCCACCAGCACUUGGUAGGAAGCAGAAGCAAGGAUGGACGCGGUGGACAGCUUUCUUCUGAAUGGGAGCAAUAUCACAUCUCCCUGUGAGCUCGGCUUUGAAAAUGAGACACUUUUCUGCUUGGAUCGGCCCCGGCCUUCCAAAGAGUGGCGGCCGGCGGUGCAGAUUCUCUUGUACUCCUUGAUAUUCCUGCUUAGCGUGCUGGGAAACACGCUGGUCAUUACGGUGCUGAUUCGGAACAAGAGGAUGAGGACGGUCACCAACAUCUUCCUGCUCUCCCUGGCUGUCAGCGACCUCAUGCUCUGCCUCUUCUGCAUGCCCUUCAACCUCAUUCCCAGCCUGCUCAAAGAUUUCAUCUUCGGCAGUGCAAUGUGCAAGACCACCACCUACUUCAUGGGCACCUCUGUGAGCGUUUCCACCUUUAAUCUGGUAGCCAUAUCGCUGGAGAGAUACAGAGCAAUUUGCAAACCCUUACAGUCCCGAGUCUGGCAGACAAAGUCGCAUGCUCUGAAGGUGAUUGCUGCUACCUGGUGCCUCUCCUUUACCAUCAUGACUCCGUACCCUAUUUAUAGCAACUUGGUGCCUUUUACCAAAAGUAACAACCAGACUGGGAACAUGUGUCGCUUCCUACUGCCAAACGAUGUCAUGCAGCAGUCCUGGCACACAUUCCUGCUGCUCAUCCUCUUUCUUAUUCCUGGAAUUGUGAUGAUGGUGGCAUACGGAUUAAUCUCUCUGGAACUUUACCAAGGAAUAAAAUUUGAUGCUAGCCAGAAGAAAUCUGCUAAAGAAAGGAAGCCAAGCACCAGUAGCAGUGGCCGACUAGAGGACAGUGAUGGGUGUUACCUGCAGAAGACCGGGCAACCCCGGAAGCUGGAGCUGCGGCAGCUGUCCCCCAACAGCAGUGGUGGCAGCAGGAUGAAUCGCAUCCGGAGCAGCAGCUCCACAGCCAACCUGAUGGCCAAGAAGCGGGUGAUCCGCAUGCUCAUUGUCAUUGUGGUCCUCUUCUUCCUGUGCUGGAUGCCCAUCUUCAGUGCCAACGCCUGGCGGGCUUACAACACUGUCUCUGCCGAGCGCCACCUCUCCGGGACACCCAUCUCCUUCAUCCUCCUGCUCUCCUACACCUCCUCCUGCGUCAACCCCAUCAUCUACUGCUUCAUGAACAAACGGUUCCGCCUCGGCUUCAUGGCCACUUUCCCCUGCUGUCCCAACCCAGGUCCCCCAGGGGUGAGAGGAGAGGUGGGAGAGGAGGAGGAAGGCAGGACCACAGGGGCAUCUCUGUCCAGGUACUCGUACAGCCACAUGAGCAGCUCUGCUCCACCCCCAUGAGCUGGGCCCAGGGUCAGCCAGUGCUGCAGAAAGGAGGCCACUGGGGAGGAAGAGAAAAGAAAGGAAAGGAGAACGCAGGAGGAGGAAGCAGCACUGAAGGAGAAGGAAGGCCGUGCUCCCCGUGGGUACUCUUCAUUAUCUGCUUCACAUCCUUCUUCAGUUCCUGGAGAGGAAGCCCUGCCCGGGGCAGCCAUGACUUGGUUUCCAGGUAGUUCAGGCAGGAUAUUCUCAGAAAUACUUACAUCAGAGAAAGCUGGGCAGGCUAGUGACUGGAUUCUGCAGAGCCAUGCUACAAACACAAUUGCCAAGCAUAUGUUCAAACGCACAUGUGGAACCUACAGAGCUCUGGAAAGUUCUGGAACACUCCAGGUGAGUGAUGGCUCUCCAUAGUGACACAUUUCUCUCUUCUGCUGCUUCUGCUUGUGCAGAGCUGCGGGGGCUGCUUUGUCCCAGGGGGCCGAUCACUCUUUCACAUACCUACUGCAGCCACCCGUCUUCUGGGGGCCACCUCAUCUGGCCAGGUUCGGUAGGAAGAAACCACUCUGGUGUUUUUCAUCUUGAGCUUGGUUGGGAAACAUCAGCUUAUGACGUGGCAGAACAACUGAUGCGAUGUCGUCUUAAAGAUGGAAUUUAAUAGAACUCAUUUCUAUGAAGAAAAGAGAUCACAAGUCAAAAAGCUACAUGGAAUAAUAUCUUACUAUAGAGGAUGUUAAGUUGGGAAGUGUUUUCAGCUUCUCCUUUACAUGGUGAUUUUAAAGUUCAUUACUUCAUUGUCUCAACUUAAUUUCCCACAUUUAUCUGCACUUCCUCUUUCCCAGAAAGAUUUCCAGGUGCAAAGGAGAAUUGUGAAUGAUAUGUACCUGGCCAGGGGUCUAAACAUGUUUAGUCAGGCCCAGAAGCAAAGCUGACAUAAAUAGACUUAGUUAACAAAUAGCUUCUGAAUGCCAAAACCAUCUAUACUUUAAAUAUAACCUAGCAUUUGCUAAUAACUUGUUAAUUUUAUGUACAUAUAUAUAUAUAUAUAUGUAUAAACUGAAUACAUAAUUAUGUUCUUUACAUGUAGGUACACUCUUUGGUGUGUUUAAAAAAAGAAUCUUUAAUAGAUGGUGGAAUGUAGCAAGUGUUACCCAAUUUAGGUUCCUUCAUAAAAUAAGGAGUUUUGUGUGAACUUUGUUUGCAAAAUUAACAUUGAAACCUCUCUAUCUUAAGUUACAAAUCUCAAUUUAAAAUAAGCCGUGGAGGUGCCAUUUGACCCAGCCAUCCCUCUGUUGGGUAUCUUUCC